AAAAGCUUUCAGAUUUCCCACGCGUCGAUUAAUUUUGGCCUCUACUUUGCUGUAUGUACCCCCGUUUCUGUGUUCCCACGUCACUCAAAAUGCCCAGCUCCGCGACUGUUGUUCACCAACCAUGUUUUAAUGCUUUUCCACCGUCUUCUCCUUCAAAGGUCAAAUCUUUGCGGCUGAAUCCCAUUUUGGCGUUAGAUUCCCGCCGCUUGAAGUCGAUCGGCCAUGGUGGGUCUGACUCGAGCGCCCUCGCUCGUGGGAAAAAUAGGGUCUUGAACCGGAGGCACAUGGCUGAGACCGCAAGAGCUGCUUCUUUUAGGAGUGGCGGUGGCAGCCGCAGCGGCGAAGACAUUAGCAUUCUUGAACAGGAAGGUUUUAUUAAUGGGUCGGCUGGUUUCGUGGCUGGUGGUUUGGAAUCGACUCUCAAUCGUCUGAGCAAGUGGCUUGUUGCUGGUGUUUUUGGUGCCAUCAUUUUAUUGAGGCAUGAUGCUGACUCUCUGUGGGCUGCAAUGGGUUCGGUCAUAAAUGCCAUGCUGUCGGUCGUUCUCAAACAAAUAUUGAAUCAAGAAAGGCCAGUAUCCACCUUGAGAUCUGACCCUGGGAUGCCAUCUUCACAUGCUCAGUCCAUCUUCUUCACGGUUGUGUUUGCCAUUGUGUCAGUAGGCAAAUGGUUUGGAAUUAGCGAGGUUACUUUGAUUAUCAGUGCGCUUGUUUUGGCAUUUGGUUCAUAUCUGUCAUGGUUACGGGUCUCGCAGCAACUUCAUACGAUCAGCCAGGUGGUCGUGGGCGCCUUUGUGGGGUCAGCUUUCUCUGCGUUGUGGUUUUGGUCUUGGAGUGCUUUCGUGCUAAGAGCUUUCCAAUCAUUUUUGUGGGUUAGAAUUGUGGUUGUUCUGGGUGCGUCUUGCUGCUGCCUCGGGUUUUUUUUGUUCGUAAUUCGAUACUGGCUUCGUGAUGAAAGAUGAACUUCAACCUAUGAUUCUAAUGAGACGAUUAGAUAAAUUCA